CGGGCGGGAGGUUUGAUUCAGAAAUGAGUGAGUGGUAUUGGUGGUCCAAAGAUGUAAAAACCGUGGUAGACCUGUCAACGCUCACUUCCGGAACCUUUGACCCGGAUACAGGCAACUGUAUCAUAUGGUCAAGCACGGACUUUAGCCUAUCCAACCACUUCUGCGAUAAGCAACUUACUUUCUUGUGUCAGAGAGAAACUGGUUAUACAAUAAAAGAUGGUGAUUGGUUCUCAGUAAAUGGCCGAGAAAUAGCCUUUGUUUCACAAGAAAGUACAUGGGAAGCGGCGGAGACGGUCUGUAAAGGGAACGGUGGAACAUUAGCUUAUGUUACUGACAGAAACGAAAUUGACCAGGUCCUCAUAGCGCUAGAAAGAAGAGGAUUCUUGUCACCAGCUAAAAUUUGGCUUGGUGGAAUGUACCUUCGAGACCAGUACAAGUGGAUAUGGCAAGCGACUGACAUGCCAAUAGAAAAUUCAUUGUGGUUGUCAGGGACGGCAGGAGAUCCAAGCAGUUACCCUUACGAUGUUUGUAUCCAACUAUACGAAGAUUUCAAUGUCGGCAUGCACUACAUUCAGAAUGACCUGUGUACUCAGGAAUAUAGCUUUCUUUGUCAGAAAUGAAUAUGACUGCGUAUAGUAUUCAUUCUCCAGGAAGUUUAAAAUCAAACAUGACAAUAUAAACAUU